AAUUUGUGUGGAUAGUAUCAUAUUAGAAAUCAUAUUACCAUAUUUCAAUGAUCUUUUCCCAAGGAAAAAAAACAUAGUAACACAAAUUCAAUGGCUCUUUCUUGUUACACCUUCAUCACUCCUUCUAUACCCUCUCUUUCUCUACACAAUCAUCAUUCAUCAAAGCUUCCCCUUAGAGUUUCUUAUAUAAAUGCUUCCUUAAACUCUUCUGAUUCAAAGGCACCAUCAUCAUCAUCAUCAUCUUCUUCUUCUUCACCACAAAGUGUGCCAUCUUCAACCCCUUAUGUUGAGUCUAGGCCACAUGAGCCUGCCUUUAACUAUGCCUUUGCUAACACUAAUGGCAACCCACUUUUUAGGAUGCUUCAAAAUACAGAAUCUUCCAUUGAAAGGGUGAUUUUCGACUUCCGUUUUCUGGCACUCUUUGCUGUUGCAGGCUCCUUGGCUGGCUCACUCCUCUGCUUUCUAAAUGGUUGUGUUUAUAUUGUUGGUGCAUACAAAGUGUAUUGGACAAGCUGUGUCAAAGGAGUUCACACCGGAAAGAUGGUUCUGCUUCUGGUCGAAGCAAUUGAUGUUUAUCUUGCUGGUACUGUUAUGUUGAUUUUCGGUAUGGGCUUAUAUGGGCUGUUCAUCAGCAACACGCCUCCUGAUGUGCCACCUUCUGUCGACCGUGCCCUCAAAGGAUCUUCUCUCUUUGGAAUGUUUGCUUUGAAGGAGAGACCUAAAUGGAUGAAAAUAAGCUCACUUGACGAAUUGAAAACGAAAGUAGGGCAUGUUAUUGUAAUGAUUCUUCUUGUAAAAAUGUUUGAGAGGAGCAAAAUGGUUGUAAUUGCAACAGGUUUAGACUUGCUUAGUUACUCAGUAUGUAUUUUCUUGUCAUCAGCAUCUUUGUAUAUUCUUCAUAAUCUACAUAAGCAAGAUUAGAAUGUAGUAGGUAUUGUAAUAUUCUGAAUUCAUAUAUAUGUUAAUGGAGAAUCAUAUGCUCUUAA